AGCCAUUCUUUUUGAUUUUAUCACCCCAAUACGCGGGAUAUGAUUUAGAGACACAUUACAACCAGCUGUCGAGGUAUUUGGAUGAAGCGAUGGGAGGAGGAGGAGGAAGAGGAGGGGGAGGGGCAUUAGAGAAUGGCAAGGAAUGGAGGCGGACAAUGGAGCACCCAAUGAACUGGCGUCUGAUGCUGCCGAAACGACGAAAAAAAAACAAAGGCAAAAAAAACCUACCACCUCGACAAGAGACCAAUCGUCAAACCAGAUGGCUUGCGCCCGCAACCAACGGAGGUCCAAAGAGUCUCGCUCCUCGUCGCCAAUGUGCGACCCCCAAGCAGAGAGGGAGUCGAGGUGGAAGCAAAGGCUGCACCCAGCCACCUUCUGCAAGCAAUCCCCAGCCCCCAUCCGCAAGCAAUCAAGUGCAGACCAAUCAUGAGGGGGCCAGGUAA